CAUUAAUAACCAGUGUUGACCACGCCCACGUUGCUCAAUCGCACCACAAUGGCUGACACUGAGUCUAUUGUCUACAAUGAAACUGAGAAUAACGAGAGCCUGGCCUCUAAUGUCUCGGGAAGAGAAGCAGCUUCGAGGGAAGGACUAGCUACGGCUUAUAUAUUCCUAUUCGCAAUGGCCCUGGUCCCUAUAUUUAUAGGCUCACUCCGUUCUGUUGUUUAUCAUUACAACUUAAAGAAAAAGGGAGAGCAGGCCGAGGAGCGUAUUCGUAUGAGAGAGGCGGCCAUGUUUCCGAUUUAUGCCAGCGUCGCAUUAUUCAGUCUUUACAUGAUCUUCAAGUAUCUCCCGAAGGAUCUAGUCAACAUGGUUUUAAAUAUGAUUUUCUUCAGCGUUGGUGUCACUGCUGUCACUAGGGCCUCAAGUGUUCUUGUUGAUUACUUAUUGAGUUUAGUCAAUGUUCUUAAUCUGUCUACAUACAUACUCCAGUUUCAAAAGAAAGGGAAGGACAAGCUUCUCAAUAUCUUCAAGUUUGAGUUCACAGUCAUUGAUGUUGGCCUAUGUGUACUAGCAGCAUUACUGGUUGCCUGGCAUUUCCUAACUAAAAAUUGGGUAUUGAAUAAUAUAAUGGGUGUGGCAUUCUGUUUUAAUGCAAUUGAGUUGAUAUCAUUAGAGAGUAUUCCUGUUGGCUGUACAUUACUUGGAGGUCUUUUCCUUUAUGAUAUAUUUUGGGUUUUUGGAACGGAUGUCAUGGUAACUGUAGCCAAAUCCUUUGACGCUCCAAUCAAACUGAUGGUUCCAUUGGAUCUUCCUGAAAAUGGAAUGGACGCUUCAAAUUUCGGGAUGCUUGGCCUAGGGGAUAUUGUUAUACCAGGACUUUUUAUUGCCCUCCUUUGUCGAUUUGAUUUUAACCACCACCCAUCAAAAUUUAGAGGUUACUUCUACACCAGUUUCAUAGCUUACAUCAUCGGUCUCGGGACCACCAUUGCCAUCAUGCACAUAUUCAAGGCGGCACAACCAGCUCUACUCUAUCUGGUACCAACUUGCGUUGGUCUACCUCUUGUACUGGCCUUGAUUAGAGGGGAACUUGGACCACUUUUUGCUUAUGAAGACUAUCCUUCAAAGAAGACUCCGACUGACUCAACAGCAGGAGAUGGCAUCAAUGGUAGCGAUGAAACUAUUCACAACGAUCCAAAUCAAGAUGACGGAGCAGCUGCUAAAAGAGAGUAACAUUUACAAACAUCUUUAAUUCUUUUUUCCCUCAGUUAGGCCUAUGAUUAUUAUUAUUAUUAUUAUUAUAUAGC